AUGUUAGUGUGUAACUUUGAUAUGUUAAUCACUUUUGUUGUUGUUGGAUGGUCUGGUACUGCACAUGACACUCUUAUUCUUUCGUCUGUUAUUGAAGAAAUGAAAAGUGUUUUCCCUCAUCCUCCUGAAGGAAAAUACUAUUUGGUUGAUGCUGGAUAUCCAAACAUGAAAGGAUAUUUAUCACCAUAUAAAGGUGAAAGAUAUCAUAUUCCUGAUUUUAGAGAUGGAAGUCCAGCAGAAGGCAUACGUGAAGUAUUCAAUCAUGCACAUUCUUCAUUGAGAAAUGUCAUUGAAAGAACAAUUGGCGUUUGGAAGAAGAGGUGGCAUAUUUUAUGUGAUAUGAGACCAUUUCCACUAAUCAAACAACAAAAGAUCAUAGUUGCAACAACAGCGCUCCAUAACUUCAUUCGAAUAUGUGGUGUUGAAGAUGUGGAAUUUAACAAGUGUGAUCAAAACCGUGGGUAUAUACCGGAGCGUGAAGAAGAAAGAAAUACUAAUGAAGAUAUGAGUUCACACAAUCUUAGAAGAGUACAAGAUGGGAGCUAUAUGGAUAGAGCUAGAAAUCAAAUAGCCACUAGAUUGUUGGAAAACAAAAUCGUUUAA